UAUCAAAGAAGAAUUAUUAUCAGGAAGAAAGAUAGCAAAACAAGCAUUGAAAUUUAAGCUCAAACCGAUGACAAAAACUAUGUCCUCAUCAGUGAGUACUGAAUAUGCCAUUCAUCAUUGUCUAACAAAACCAGAGUUUAAAACAUUCUGCUAUACUUGGACUAUUGCUAAUUUUUGGGAAAUUUAUGAAUGUAACACUGCAUUAUAUUCUAGUAAAGCCGAAAAUUAUUGUAGUUUUUAUCUAACUAUUGCACAGAAUGAUUUGAAAUUUUAUGCUAAAGAUAUACCAAAGAAAAAGUUUAAAGCUUCCUAUUUUGUUUGUUUGAAGACUAAUGAAAAAGAUAUUAUGUUGGCAUCAAAAUCGACACAUGAAAUAUCUGAUAACGAGCUGUUGUGUGAACUAUCUAUUUCCAGGAAUUCAACAUUUUUAUCUGAUGGGACAUUAACAAUAUACUUUAGAUUUCAUAUAUUUGUUGAUUUGUAUAACCAUUAUAUGAAUCGUUUAAUUUCAUUUACGCAAUUUGCUCUGCCAUCCCAAUUUGAGAAAACAAAUAGCGUUGUUCCUAAUGAAAAAUUUAACUCACUUGUUACAUUUGUAAUAAACGAAGAAUGUCUUCAAAUGAAUAAAGAUUUACUAUGUUCACGUAGUACAGUCUUUGAAGCUGAUUUAAAAGAAAGUGAAGACAAUAAAAUAGAAAUAUCUGAUACAAGCUACAAUAUUGUAAAAGAAUUAUUAUCCUUCUUACAAAGUGGUUGUUUAUCUCAAAAUAUAAAGACAGAUGCAGAAGCACUAUGUGAACUUUUUAUAACAGCUGAAAAAUAUGAUAUAAAAGAUCUUAAAUUAGUAUGUGAAGAACUUUUAAUUAUAAAUACAACAAUAAAGAAUGUUAUAGAACAUUUAAGAAUAGCAUAUUUAAAUGGUGGACAAAUUUUGGAACAAUAUGCCAUAGAGUUUAUCAAAUUACAUUUUAAAGAUAUUGAAGAUAAUGCAGAAUUUAAAACUUUAGUGCAAAAAUAUCCUAAAUUAUUGAUUCAAAUAGGAAAUGUUCAUUUAUUGAGAAGUGACGCAAUAAGAUACCCAGGCCAAGAACGCACUGCCUGUACAGAAGAUCUAAAUUAUAUGUCUGACCGCGCAUACAACUAUAGACGAUAAGAUAUACGGAAAUACAAGAGGUACGGACUGGGAAUAUAAUUGACAAUCUAAAGUUCAUGUAACGUAUAUUAUAGAUUAUUAGUACCGGCAGUGAAUUUUGGAACAUUAAUUUAAUGUCUCAUAUGCAUGGAAUUUCUAAAAAAUUGGAUAUGUAAUUUCUAUUUUAUUCGUUCAAAGUUUGCAUUUAUAUUGUACUCAAAAUAAGCUUUCUUAAUUAAUGGUAUAAUAUUUCUAUAUAUAUAUAUACGGUGUUCCGAAAUUUGAGGAUAAUAAGAUCGCAUAAAAAUUUAUAAAGAAUUAAAUAAUAAAAGCGCCAUUCUUUUUAAGAAAUAAUUUUUGAGAUAUUGAGGUUUAAAAUUUCCCAAUCAUAAGCUAAAUUUAGAUAAUCACCUACUAGUAAGUCGCGUGUACACUAAUUUAGUUAUGCAUGUAGAUGCAUGUACAUACAAUUUACAAACAGGCGACUAAACAUAGCCUACUGUGAGUGUGAUCAGCUUUAAAUUCUUAUAUCUCAAAAACUAUUUUUUGGAUAUAAUAUUAAAAUAUAUAUUUUUAUAGAUCUAUAUAUAUAAAAGCUGUUUUCAAUUUUGCUUUAGAAACAUAGCAUAAGUAAAUGUAAAAAAAUGUUAAUUUUGUUAUAUACAUAAUAGCACUCUUUAUUAUUAUUUUACAUUAAAUAUAUCUUAUUUUAGUUUUAUAAGUUAUCUUGAUGUAUUUUUUGUAAGUAUUAAUAACUUUUGUUUAAAAAAUUAUUAAUCAUCAAAUAUAAUACAAAAUAGAGAUUAAAUAUAUUUCUUUUGUUCAGUUUAUUUAUUGUAUGUUGUGAUUAUUUUAAAUAUAUGUCAUUCUUAAAUUAGCACAUAAUUGAUCCAGAUUUUUAUUGUUCCAAAUUAUGAUGAACGAAUAUCCUCAGGCAAAUGCUCCCUUGACUUUUAAAGGAGUACAUAUGGCACUUUUCUCCAAAUUGCAAAUUAAAUAUAAAAAUAUUUUUUUGCUAUAAAAUAAUAAAUUGGAAUAAAUGUAAAUAAAGCAAAGGUUACUGUAACUCCUAGAAGUAUUAAUCUGAGACAUUUUAUAAUUUUGUAAAGUAAAAAAAAUAUGUUUAUAACGAAAAAAUUAACUUUGCUAUAUUUUUUGGUAAUAUGUAAUGAAUUUAGCAGUUACUUUUAUCGUUAUUUUUUUGAACCUAUUUAGUAUAAUUUUUAUGCAAAAAAAAACAUUGAUCAAGAAUGUUGAAAUGGAGCAUUGCAUAAAAUUUGAUGGAAGCUUCUUUUAGUAUCUCGUUUCUUUUUUCUUUAUAAGGAGGAUUAAAAAUGGUUAAAAUUAGAAAUGUGAAAAAGGCAAUUUUAACUUUCAAAGAAAAUUAACAAUAAGGGAACCUUUCCUUUUUCAUUUGUAUAUUUACACUUCUUAAAAUCUUAAAAUCG